AUGGAGCUCGAGACGGCAAAGACAUGGUGCCAGCCACAGGGGCAGGCACGCGGGCCCUGGAUCAGGGGUUCUCCGCUACCCCUGCCGGUUUGGGCCCAUUACGCGUCACCAGUCCUGACCGUUCACACGGUCGAACAAUAUGAGGAACUAGCGGGCAGCGUUGAACUUGAAACGCAACGUUUAUUGCGCGAGCAUCGCUAUAACACUGUUGGCAAUUUCCUCAGGUUCUACAAGGACUACUCCAGAAGCGGAGAAAGUGUGCUUGAACGUUUCUACCGUAAAUAUCAGCCGCUAAUAACAGAUGAGCAUUACACUUGCGUCGGCCUUGGAUUCGAGUUGUUAUGCCGGUUAGCUGAUCUGAACGAGCGAUAUCCAGGAUUGGCGAGUAGUCUCUACUUGACAUCAUGCGAGGAAACGAUUGGCGAUAUCGCCAGCUACGUUGGAGGCCCACCAGCGGCCGACAGCGGUGAGAAGGAGCAUGUAUUAGUGUGCCUGAAAAUCAAGAUUGGCGAACGUUGCGGCUUCAUGCUGCUCGAUCCAGGUUACCAUAUAGCUCGCGUUGUCACUGUGAUGGCCGAUAAAUUGUACCCUCACACCGGCUGGUUCACGCAAGUCGACGAGCCGAACUGCAAAAAAAUGUACAAUUACUAUUUAUGUGCCGACGAUCCCGACUAUAUCGAGUGGCAUGAGAGGGUGACUCGACCUGGUGCCUUGGAGACGACGCAAGUCGCUCUCAUUUAUGUGGCGAGGCCAUAUUUAACUGCCAUUGAUGUUACCGAACGUAGGAACUUGGUUUAUAACCACAAGAGCCUCAUAGCCAGAGAUACCAAGGGCCACAUAAUCGCUGGUAUAUAUUUUCCUGUCGUAUUGGACCGCGACAAUGCGCAGACCUUCACGAUUUUCCAUCAAACCGCUAACAGGAAGAAACGAGUUAAAAUGGCAUUCAACAAAUUUUACAGCACAUCGGAGAUACGUCCUAACGCCGAGGAAAUGGAGAUUGUCGCGGAAUGUGCCCGACAGCUCGACAUUCCGCUGGAUACCCUGGAGAGUAUGAUCUCUGCUCUCGCCACCGUCAUGAGAGACACGUCAUUCGUGGCGCAGCUGUUGGCCAUCAACAAGCGUAUCAACACCUUAGCAGAGGCAAAUUAACAGAAGUCAAUCCACCCAGCAUGGUGUCGAUAUAACAUUACGUUUCAUGAUUUCUUUUGCCGGCUUUCCUCUUACGUUCUUUUUCUUUUAUUAACCAUUGUAGGUAUGCUUUGUUACGUUUUACAAGUUCAAUCAUCAAGUAUUUUCGAGAUGCUAAUAAAGUAUUUUCAAAGGUUUCGCUGCUACUUAGUAUCGCAUUUUACGUAUGCAAUUCAAUGAAAACAUUAACAGAUCGAUUAUACGAUCGAAAUGACAUGUUACAAUGUGUAUGUACUUUAAGGUAUGCACGUGAACUUCAACACAUUUGAUUUCCAUUUAGGAGUUUUCGACAGAAGAACAUUUUUUUUUAUCUAGUCUCCAUCGUAUCAUUCAACGUACUUAGGAUGAUCUUGAAUAUUCGCUUUUUAUCUAGUAUGCACGCGGCAACCAAUUGCAAACUAUUUUAAAUGGCCUACACUUAAAAAUUUACAUAAUCGCUUUUUAAAUUUUAGUCUUGCAAUUUAUGCAAUUUGCGUUUAUUUUUUAUGGUAAUGUACUAGAUCGGUAUGAUAAUAUUUUCAUUGAAUAAUCUCGAAACUACAAGAAAUUAUAUAGAUCACUAUUUGUGUAGGAAGGACUUCAACUAAAAUCGUAUUGGUACAAGGGAUAAUUUUGUUCCAUCAUUUCUUAUUUAGAAUAAAAAUAUAUCUAUAUCUAUAUAUAUAUAUAUAUACAUAUGUAUGUGUGCUUCAGUUUGUUAAAACAAAAUUAACGACCUCAUUUCAAUAAAAUAAUUAUUUGACGGGUAAAGUUCGUAUCGUUUAAUACCCCACCUCAAUGAUCGUGUGUUAUAUGUACUUACUUUCAAAUGAUGGAACAGCUUGUCUGUCGGUGAAUGUCUGUCAGUUUCAAAAUUAUCCUGUAAAAAAACUCAAUUCGGAAUACUUUUGAAACCAUUAAUUGUUUAUUGCCUUUAUAUACAUUAAACUUCUCAGUAUUGUUAUACGAUAUUGGAAACUAACAUAAAUCGACGUAAGUGGAUAUAAUACAAUUCUGUGAUUAUAUAAGUUCUUAAAGUUUCUCUCAGAGUACAUGU